CCCGCCCACGCGCGCGCAGCCCCAAAAGCGGAACGUUAAAUAAAAAAAAAAGGUUUUUUUUCGAUAAAUUUAGAAUCAGUCAUUGUAAUUUAAGGAACCUUCCCUUUGUGUUUUUGUGAUAUCCAUCCAUCCAUCCUUUCGAUCGAGGCAUCCAUAGCAAACUAGCUCUUUUAUAGAUAUGUCCACUUACUCUAAGAACCUUUUUGACAUCCUCGGUGACGGUGAGGUCGCUCGUCCUCAACCUGUCAAGGAAGAGGCUGCCCCUGUCGUUGUUGACAAGAAGUCCGUUGGCAAGAUUAACAAGGAUGCUGCCCGUUCCGCCAAGGGUACCAACGCCAAGCGUCAACCCAAGGAAGGUCGUCAAACCAAGGAAGGUGGUCGCGCUCCCCGUCGUCAAUUCGACCGUCACUCCGGUACCGGUAUUGUUGACACUGAGAAGAAGGUCAACAAGGGUUGGGGUAAGGCUGAAAAUGCCGAAGCUGAGGCAUCCAAGGAUACCGUUGCUUCCGCCGAUCCCUCUUCUGCUGAACAAGAGGUUGCUGCUGCCCCCGUUGAGGAAGAAGAGCAAGUCAAGACUCUUGAAGAAUACCUCGCUGAAAAGGCCAACAAGUCCUUGAAGGUUUCUCUCCCCGAGGCCCGUAAGGCCAACGAUGCUGAUGAAGCUGCUUUCAAGGGUACCGUUGCUUUCGCCAAGGAAGACUUCGAGGAGUUCUAUACCUCCAAGGAAACCAAGGCCCCCAAGAAGGCUGCCGAAAAGGCCAAGAAGGAAAAGGUCCUUGUUGAAAUCGAACAGCGCUUCCAGGAGAAGGCUCGUCCCGAAUUCCGUAAGACUACCAACGAUCGUCGUGGUGGUCGCGGUGGUAACAACAACACCAAGUCCAACGGUCGUCGUGCCCCUAAGGCCAACAACGGUCCCGCUGUCAACCUCCAAGAUGUUGCCGCUUUCCCCACCCUCGGUGCUGCUUCUGCUUAAAUCACUUCAGAAAAAUAAAUAUUCCAUAUUUUUUCUAUUUAAUAAAAACACGCUUGAUACACAA